AUGGAUUGUCUGGCCCAGCUAGCAUCUCACACCGAGCAACUCUCCAACGCUGUGACGGACCUGGUGAAAAGCGGUCACACCAGCCAGUCAUUUGAGGCACUGAACCGAGAGAUGCCCAACGCCAAAGCAAACAUACUGGGAAGCAUUGCUUCCAUCAAAGCACUCAUCAGUGGGCCAGACGACUUGCUCCAGGAAUUGGCAGCCCAGGUCGAGACUCUCGCGUGUCUCCAGUGGCUUGCAGAGUCCCAGAUUCUCGCAUGUAUCCCCCUCGAUCUGAGCAUACCUACAAAGGAUCUGGCCGACUUGGCAGGGUUUCCGGUGAGCCAGCUGAGCAGGGUGAUCCGCUUGUUGGCCACUCGCGGGUUCCUCCAGGAGCAGGAGCCGAGCUCUGUGGCACACACGCCGCUAUCGGCCUAUUUCCUCACAAACCAGUCUCUUCUUGACGCCAGCGUCUUCAUGGCCGAGUCGGUGGUACCGGCUGCUCUACAGUCGCCCAAAAGCCUGCAACGCCGUGGGGCCGCAUAUGGUGGUCCUGCCGAGGCUGCCAUGGGUGCGGUGCGCCCGUUCCUAUCGGCCCUUCAGGAGCGCCCCAAACUGCGCCGACAGUGGGCCGCUUACCAACGCCAUGCAGCGGGCUUGCAUCAAGAGGAGCAGGUGCUGGAAGUGAUCUCGGGACUGAACUGGUCCAAUCUUGGAAGCGCUUGCAUAGUGGAGGUCAACGCAAAGUCUACGUCGAUGGCACGAUCCCUUGCAGAGAGGUUCCCCAACCUUCGGCUCACCGUGCAGAUCCGUGACGAUCAACCCACUCCAUCGCUGCACGAGAACCCAACGUACAGUGGGACCAAUGACAACCCUUGCCGGGACAGCAACGACGGGCUCAUGGAACCGGACCCCCCGCAGGCAAAUAUCAACGGCCCCUCAAGCUGUGGUACCAGCCUCAGUGUCACCUAUCGCUCCGCGGGCAUGCCUCAACAUGUCAAAGACGCUGCAGUAUACAUUCUGCACCUCCCUACGGUAACUCCGAGACCGUCACUGGGAGGCUCUUCCACCUUUAUCAUCAAGUCUGAGUUGCAGAGUUAUCUGGGCCCCCUGAGAGUCAACGGGAGCAUCCUGCUUGUCUUGACUACACGUCUUCUUCCCGAGCCAGGCAGCCCGUGCGGCCCCGUGGUGGAAACAGUAGCGCGUGCUCGCGAUCUCUGCAUGCGCCAGCUAGCCGGCGAGGGCGAGAUGGAGAUGUCCGAAAUACUUGGCAUGAUAGAAGCAACCAGGGACAACGGCGGAAGGCUGGUCGUCACCAAUCAGCUCCGGGCACAUAACAAUCUGGUCGUGGGUUUGGUGGUCAAACACCAAGCCUCUUGA